GACUGCAGCAGUCAAGACGGUAUCAUCUUCACCUCCGCCUCCAAUAAUACCGCCGCGGGUCCCAGUGCCUCGGCGCCACUUUUGGACGAUGACGCCAGACUGACGCUUUGGGGCAACUCACGAGACAGCCUCGAAUCGACAGGUAGCCGGCCAGAAGAGGGGGAGGGGAGGAGCGGGAUCAGGAUCUGCUCGGUCGGCAAGAAUGGCUGCCUCCUCAGACAGCGAAAACCAACCACCAGCCUCGCUUCAAGGGUCAACCCCAUCAACAGUCUGACUGUGUCGUUGAACCGUCAAGAAGCCGGCGACAGUCCGACUGGCGCCACGAAGGAUGCUGCCUUCUCGAAGACACCUCCGUCCACGCCGUCGAUGAAACUGGGGCUGGGUGGCGUCUCGAAGGCGCGGCCGCGAUGGAGCCUAGACACAAGUGACACGGGAACCAGUUUUGCGAAGCAUUUAGCGCUUAAUCCAACAGUGCAUGGCGAGGACAGCUGCGAUGAGGACGAUUCCCUGAAGUUAUUUCAUCUUCACUUGCCAGCCUUCAAUGUCUGUCUCUCGCGGAUGUGCCGAAAAGAGGGGCUUCGAUUGAGGGAAUCGGCUUAUGAACCACUUGAAACGGGUGAUCUUAAAAUCUUCCGCUUAAUAUGA